UUGACCACCAUGUCGUCCAUUGCUCUUCGCCUCGGCCGCCGCGCGCUGCUCUCGAGCCGCCAUGCGCUGAAGCCCCGCGCCUUCGCGAGUGCCAAGGCCGCCGCCGGCUUCUCAUACCCUGGCGCUCGCUCGCUGGAGCAGAUCGUGAAGCUGGAGCUGCUGGAGAACGAGCAGGCGCCGCAGAUCCGCAGCAUCUGGGAGGAGUUCCACGCCGACAAGGAUGACGCGGUGGCCACGACACUGGGUGCCGACGAGUUCCAGGCUCUGGUGAAGCGCGCCGAGGCCGCGCCCUACUUCAUCUUCCCCGUGUACCGCCAGGAGGGCUUCUUCAACAUGCUGUGCCAGUUCCAGCAGUCGUGCUUCCUGGUCACGUACCUCGAGGCCUUCAAGGAGAACCCGAGCGCGGCGCCGCCCUGCGUGGCCGUGUCGCUGUACGAAGACCUGCUGGCCAAGAAGGAGCUGACGCUUGUGCGCGCCGAUGUGAUCAACAUGCUGGACAAGAAGGAGUCGCAGCUCCUGCUGCAGCAGCUGCUGACCAGCUACCAGGACGACAAGCUCUACGAGCACGUGGACAAGUUCAACAACAAGCCCGAGCAGUUCGACUUUGAGACCUACCGCUCGAUGCUCAAGGACGUCAUUGAGUCUGCCGCGAAGGCGUAAAGUGCAUUGUAAUGUGCAAGCUUUCGUGGCAUGAACAUUUUGAACAAAAAUGUAUGUCUUAAAAACC